AUGUCUCGCUUAUCAACCACCCACAAAUACCACUCUCCUGCACCCUCUUCUCUUGUCUCUCCUCAGCUGCAGUACCACGUGCUUUCACUUACUCUACAGACUAUUAGCAUACAAAUCUUCUCCGCUCUGCCCUGCUGCUCCUGUGUCCUGCCUGCCGCCGUGCCCUUGCUUAAAAAAAGUCUAAGCACAAUUGCCACAAUGUCUGCCCCUGAUGAUGCCAAUCAUCGUAUGCAUGGUUGGUGGGUUCGCUUACGAGUCCGGCAAAUGCCCCCUGCCCCUGCCGACUGUGCUGUGUGGGACUACCCACAGUCGGUGGAGUUUGCAGUCUUGACUGCUUUUCUUUCUUGGUUGGUCUUCUUGCAAGGCCUAAUUAAUGAAAUUCGGGACGUUGGCCUGUUUCCCGAAGAAGGCCAGGAUUGGCUCCUGGACUUCAAUGAGCUAGCUCGGCUCCUUUACAUCACCAUGAGCAACCAGGACCAGAUCGCGUUCGAGGACGUUCUGGAACGUUUUGUGGAGAAUCUUGGGAGUUUUGGAACCUUGUCUCUGGGCUUUCUUGCCCCUGGCCAUAAGCCUCGUCUGUAG